AUGAGGCCUUCCGGACAAGUUGCCCUUGAUCUCGGACCUCCCUACGAAGACGGCACCCGCUCGUCGUCUGAAUUCGAGGAAAUCCCCCACCCCGCCUCGCACUCCAACUACUGGGCUCCCGGCUCGCACUCCGCCCAUCCCGCUCACCCGCCAGCGCACCCGCGCGAGGAGGAGCUCCCCAUGCACCACAUGGCCGAGGACAAGGCCCGCCGUCGCGUCCCCCGCCCUUCAAACGGCGCGGGUGGCUCCGCGUCUGAGAGGUAUGGUGACGAGAAGGAGCUGGAGUACGAUGCGUUCGACCGGGAGGGCAAGGAUGUCUACUCCAAGAUGAAUGCUGCCAAGGGGCCCAUCUCAAGCGGCCGUCCAAGGAGACCACCGCCCCCACCGCCUACGUCUGUGCGGGAGUUCCUCCUUCAGAACUUCGAGCACGUUCCCCCGAUCGUUUACACCCUCCUGUCGUGCUGGACACGCUUCCACAAGAUCGGCCACUCCAACGUCGUAGUCUGGGACGAGGCGCACUUCGGCAAGUUCGGCUCGCACUACCUCAAGCGCGAGUUCUACUUCGACGUCCACCCCCCACUCGGCAAGAUGCUCGUCGGCCUCGCCGGCCUGCUCUCCGGCUACGACGGCACCUUCGCCUUCGAGAGCGGCGCGGUCUACCCCGACACCGUGCCCUACACCACGAUGCGUGUCAUGCUUGCCACAUUCGGUGUCGCCCUCGUCCCCCUCGGGUGGUACACCGCGGUCGAGCUCGGAAUGACUCCGAUGGCGUGCCAUCUGGUCGCGCUGAUGGUCCUCUGUGACGUUGCUUGGUUGACGAUCUCCCGGUUUAUUCUCUUGGACGCCAUGCUCCUGUUCUUCACGUUCACUACCGUUUUCUGCUUCACAAAAUUCCACAAUCAGCAAUACCGGUCAUUCUCCCCCGACUGGUGGUUCUGGUUAACAAUGACUGGCUACAAUAUUGGUUGCGUAUGCAGUGUAAAAUGGGUUGGCUUCUUCGUCACAAGUUUGAUCGGCGCAUACACCAUGGAGGACCUUUGGGAAAAGUUCGGGGAUCUGAAAAUGUCAUGGCGCGACCAAGCCAAACAUUGGGCAGCCCGCGUGGGAUGCUUGAUUGUGCUGCCCUUCUUUGUGUACAUGCUGUCGUUCAAGCUGCACUUCAUGGUCCUCAACCAUUCCGGCCCUGGUGACGCUCAGAUGAGUUCGCUGUUCCAGGCGAAUCUCGAAGGAAAUCAGUUCCACAAGAACCCUUUGGACAUUGCGUACGGUUCGAAGCUCACGCUGAAGAACAUGGGCUGGGGUGGAGGUCUCCUUCACUCCCAUGUCCAGACGUAUCCCGUCGGCUCGGAACAGCAGCAGGUCACUUGCUACCACUACAAAGACGAGAACAACGACUGGAUGAUCAUGCCUCGUUGGGACGAGGAAGACUUCGACGCAGAGGCUCCGAUUCGCUUCCUCAAGGACGGCGACAACAUCAUCAUCCGGCACGCGUCGACGACCCGCAACUUGCACUCACACAACGUUCCCGCUCCGAUCACGAAGCUCAACCACGAAGUCUCUUGCUACGGCAACCAGACCGUCGGUGACAACCAGGACUACUGGAUCGUUGAGGUCGUCGACGACAUCCACCGUGGCUCCAAGGACAAGUUUGAGCGCAUCCACUCGCUCACCACCCGCCUGCGGUUCCGUCACUGGCACUCCGGAUGCUACCUUCGCGCGGCGAACGCCGUUCUGCCGCAGUGGGGUUUCAAGCAGAUCGAAGUCAGCUGCGACAAGGAGAACGACCCGAAGGAUCCGCACACCCACUGGAACGUGGAAAGUCACUGGAACGAUCGCCUCCCCGCUGGUGACGUGCGCUUCUACUCGUCGCCCUUCCUGCGCGACUUCUGGCACCUCAACGUCGCGAUGGCCACCUCGAACAACGCGCUGAUCCCUGACCCGGACAAGGAGGACAUCCUCGCCUCCAAGCCGCUCGAUUGGCCGCUCCUUCGCGUCGGCCUCCGCAUGUGCGGCUGGGGCGACACCCAGACCAAGUACUACCUCGUCGGCCUCCCCGUCAUCUGGUGGGGCGGCACCGUCGCGCUCGUCGUCAGCGUGCUUGCCGUCGGCUUCUACGUCCUCCGGCAGCAGCGCAAGUACGUCGACAUGGAGCCCCGCGAGUGGGAGCACUUCCUGUACGUCUUCAAGGUCGCCCUCGUCGGCUGGGCUCUCCACUUUGUCCCCUUCAUGAUCAUGGGCCGCGUCACGUACAUCCACCACUACCUCCCCACGCUCUACUUCUCCGUGCUCAUGCUCGCCCACCUCCUCGACCACUUCGUCUUCUCCUCCCGCCGCUUCACCCCGCGCACGAAGCGCAUCGUCUUCGGCGUCUGUGUCGCCAUCAUCGUGGGCUGCUUCUGGUGGUUCAAGGGCGUCGCCUUCGGCAUCGACGGGCCCAUCAACGACCACUGGGGCCUCAAGUGGCGCUCCUCCUGGAACCUAUAUAAUGACUAA